AUGGCAGCAGCAGCAGUCUGUUCCUCAUCGACUCGGACCCUCGCCUCCUCUGCCCGUCAAGCGCUCACCCCGAUCCGAUGGACCUACCUCCCCGACGCACUACCCUACUCGCUCGGGCUGCUCCUGCAGGAGUCCAUCGUCGCCUCGCGCUGGGCCGCCAAAUCCCGCCUCGCCGAAGCCAACUACCCCUCUUCGGACCGAGCCGCACUCGAAAGGAUCGCCCAUACCGACGUGUUGUUGUUGUUGCAGCACAAGCCCGUUUUCACCGCUGGAAGGAGGGAAACGGACCCUGAAGCGCUGAGGAUCGAGGGGGAGAGGCUGACGAAACAGGGGGCCGACUAUGUUAGUACGAUGAGGGGAGGGCAAACGACCUACCAUGGGCCAGGGCAGUUGGUCGGCUAUUCGUUGAUGGACCUCGUCGCUAGUGAUGUGAGUCAGCAGCAAACGUGCGCUCCUCCGAUCCGCCGGCUCACGACACGUUGACUGACCCUCCCUGGCAUCCGACCCCCCCCCCCCCAGCUCUCGACAAGAUGUUACGUCGACCACCUCGAAAAAUACCUCGAAACGCUCGCUCGCUUGCUCGGAGUACCCGUCUACCCCCUCGAACACACCGGCGUGUUCACCUCCCCCACUCUCAAAAUAGGCUCCAUCGGCAUCCACAUGCGACACCGCAUCUCUCUGCACGGCUUCGCAAUCAACGUCGAAGAACAGACUCGGCGCUGGUUCGACAUGAUCGUCGCGUGUGGACUCGACGACGUCAAGGCCACCUCCGCACAAGCCGAACUUUCGAAACUCAAGUCAAAGAACUACGAUGUAAAAGUCGAGGAUCUAGUCCCAACAGCUGCCCAGGAGUUUGGCAAGCAGUACGGUCGAGGGAUCGAGGAACUCAAGGAAGGUGACGAGUUUGUCGAACUGAGAAAGAUGAUUGACGAUGGCGUCAAGGGCAAACUACCGCCCCUCAAAGACUUGGGGGAGAAAAAGGUGGCAGCUUAG